UGCCUCUUGUGCAUAAGGCUGGGAGUAACAUCAGAGUGCAGUGGGGCAUCCACACAGGAGGAGACCUUCCAGGAUGAUUGUGAAAAAAGCAUUAAAAACAUCCCUGACGCUUAAUGAGUCCUCCAACAUGAAAUUAGGCGUGAACAAUCAAAAAGGCGUCAAAACGUUUCAAAUCUUAGGGGCAAUUUUGAUGCUUGGCCUUGUCCUGAUGGCUGCUUACUUCAUGAGUGUGGGCAGCAGAGUUGAUGCUAACAGAGGAGCAGGAGUUGUCAUCAUUUACAGAAAGGUGGAGGAGGAAGGACUCUACAGAGAUCUCCCAGAGGAAGAAGGACUCUAUGGAGAUCUCCCAAGAGCCACAAUAACUGAGGAGGGCACCAACAGAUCCAAUGACUCCUGCAGCUUUGAACUUGUGGAAAAUGUUCCUUAUGACUUGCCCUUCGAGAUAAACAGCACUGCAGCCAAACCCUUGUACCAAGCCUGGGUGAGACUGCUUGAUCUAGCCCAGGAAAAAGUUCACGUGGCUUCUUACUAUUGGUCUCUUACUGGGAAGGAUAUUGGCGUCAAUGACUCCUCUUCCAAGCAGGGUGAAGAUAUUCUGCAGAGGUUUGAGAGGUUACUCGCAGAGAAUGUCUCUUUGUACAUAGCAGCAAGUUCACCAACUCUGGCUACAAAAUCAAGGGAUCUUGAGCUUUUAGAGGAAAAAGGGGCUCAUGUGAGAAAAAUUGAUUUUGGACGUUUGACAGGAGGAGUGUUGCAUAGCAAAUUCUGGAUAGUGGACAUGAAACACAUAUAUAUUGGUAGUGCAAACAUGGACUGGAGAUCUUUAUCUCAGGUGAAAGAAUUGGGUGCUGUGAUCUACAACUGCAGCUGUUUGGCCAAAGACCUCUGGAAAACAUUUAGUACCUACUGGGAUGUUGGAUAUCCUAAUGCGACCAUCCCAUUCCCUUGGCCUCUUAAUUAUUCCACCCACAUUAACAAGCAUCGGCCUCUGGAAGUAGAAUUCAAUGGAAUCUUGACAGAAGCCUAUUUUUCUGCUUCCCCUCCAGCAUUUUGUCCAGAAGGUCGCACCCAUGACCUCUAUGCUAUACUCAGUACUAUCAGCCAGGCACAAAAGUUUGUCUACGUUUCUGUUAUGGAAUAUUUCCCUACGAGCCGUUUCAUUCAUCCAAGAAGGUACUGGCCAGCCAUUGACAACGCCCUGAGGCGUGCAGCUUUCAACCACAGAGCACAGGUCCGGCUGCUGGUCAGCUGCUGGGCGUACACCGACCCGGCCAUGCUGCACUACCUGCGCUCCCUGCGUGCCCUCAACGACCCACGGGUGCCCAUCAGCGUCGGCGUGAAACUCUUCAUCGUUCCCCUUCUGAAUCACACAAACAUUCCUCAUGGAAGAGUGAAUCACAACAAAUACAUGGUCACUGAUAAAGUAGCCUACAUCGGGACUUCCAAUUGGUCAGAAAACUACUUCACUGAUACAGCUGGCGUGGGACUAAUUAUCAAACAGAAUUCGACCAACCCCCAAAGAAGGCAACAACCUGUCCAGGAACAGUUGAAAGAUCUUUUUGAGCGAGACUGGAAUUCCAAAUAUGCGGUGAAUCUGGAAGACGUGCAGGGACAGAAAGACUGUAACUGGGAGGCAGACCCUGAAGUGAAUUGAAAUGUACAUUUAAAAUAGAAACAAAAAACGUAUUUGAAUCUUGUUCACAUGGAAAUCAAAGAACUCCCUUCUUUUUGUUUUUGUCAGAGAAAUCACUUCCCUGUGGCAUCCACACUGAUGGCAUGAGAAUUUCUCAUAGUUGGCUCUACCUGAAAAUCCAUUAGUCAAUGUAUGAUGUUCGAUUUUUUGGUGUGAUUUCCUCCUUACAGAGUUAAUGAAAUGCAAACAGUGUUGUAUGACAAGCUGUCUGGCAUUAAAGCAAACAUCAG